UAACAUCAUCUAUAGCUGGUUUUUUCAGCGCACCAGGUCUCUGUCAUUACAAUGCAACAAAAUCAGCAUUAAUAUCAUUUGCACGAGAUCUUCGCUACAUAGCAUCUUUUGAUAAUGUAAAAGUGUCUGUGAUAGUACCUGGACUAAUAGAAACGAACAUGGCGCGUAGUCUUAAACUACCUCCUAGUAAAUAUUAUGGACCUGCUGAUUCUAACGGUUUGGCCAAAAUCGUUAAAAAUCAGUUGAAUUCUGACACUUUUUGUAUUGGCUGGCCUUUCCAUCAAUAUUUAAUAAAUUGGCUUAUUUCAAGUCUUCCUGUUAGAACGAAUUUGACUUUUUCUCGGAUUUUUGGAGAAUCGGCUCGAAAAAUUACUAAACUCGUUGCAUCAUCGUAA